AUGGCGCGGCGUCCGACUGCGGCGUCUGCGCUGGAUAGUCCGCCGUCAGAGCUGGUGGCGGAGUUGGAGGAUUCCUCGGUGGAGUAUGAGCCGUGGGCCAUUCCGAGCUGGUCAAGACUGAGGCCCGAAACACCCAGUGCACCAAGUACGAGCAUUCGGAAUUGGGUCUACCAGAACGAAGAAGACAGGCACCCUGCGCCGGGUGCAAUCCCAGUGGGCACAAUGGCCAUUUUGGUCGUCAAAGCACAGGUUCCAGCAGAUCGAACCCUGCAAUCAGAUGAUGAGACUCAGGUUUUUGCCAAACAGUGCAUAGCAGCCAGAGAUGUGAAAACAGUAAUUGAGACGUGCUCGGGCAUCGGAUGCCUGGGGGUAGGCCUUGAGGAGGCAGGUUUCGAGGUGAUUGCAAGAAGUGACUGGAAUCCCAUCCUUCUAGGUCUUGCUCAGAAACUGCAUUCGUCCGACACCCUGCUUGGUGAUGUGUGUACAGAUGCUUUGCUUUCCGAUAUUGCCAGUAGAUACCCCUCGGCCAGAACCUUAGCUGCCGGAAUCAGCUGUCAACCGUACAGCAGACUGGGAGACCGACGUCACCAAGAUGACCCACGGCUUGCCUUGUGUGCGUUGGGGCAACUUGCUUCCCCACUUCAAUCGGCCUGGAUUGGAGCAUUCGUCAUGUGCCAUUUUCACGAACGCUUGGGCUUGAGUCAGCCUUCACAGCCUGAAGUUGUGUUGUUGCGGCUCAUGGGUCAACUGCUCAAAGCAAGAGAUGAGACGUUUGGAGACCAGACAUCAAGUGAUUGCCAACAAUUCCAGACCAUGAUCAAAGACAUGAAGUUUUCAAUGGAUGGGAAAUCAUGGGGCGUUCAUGUCAACUCCAAUGCCAUUCAUGCCGAAGCAUCCCCAUGCCCUGGCCAGGUUGAACAUGAAGAUGAACAGCAUGACCAACAAGGACUGGAGCAUGUCGCAGGAGAUCAGCAGAUCAAACCAUGUGCCAAAGACACAUCGCAGGGAAUCGUGGCUGACACACCAGUGCCAGUUGCAACCCGACCUGAGCCAGCGCCUGAGUUUGCCCAACAUUUCAAGCCUGCUGAAGAACACAAGCCGCUGAUGAUGCCGAACGAUUGCACCCGGGCUACAUCAGGUGGUCCAAUCGUAGCAGAUGGUCGGUCCAGUUUCGUCGGUGUCCAGGCGGGGUGGUACAAACCACAAACAUCCGAAGGUCUGUCCAAGUCCAAGUCCCAGUGUCCUGACCUCCAUGUCGGUAUGCCAGGUUUAUCGGAUGGUACCAAUGUUGGGAGACCCAAUCUCCCUCACACAGGUUCAACACCAGAUUUGAAUGUCACUGAGCAGGCUGGGAUUUUCGAGUCAGGCGCAUCGAUGCCUUUCCGACCAACUGACCAAGGUCUGCCGAUUGUCCAUCGUCCUGUCGUCCAUGGUCUGUCGGAGCAGCCCAAGCCAUGUCCCGAAGAACACAAGCUGCCCAUGCUGCCGAAAGAUUGCACCCGAGAUGCGUCAUUAAGUCCAAACAUAGGAGAUGGCCGGUCCAGUCACGUCGGUGUCCAGGCGGGGUGGUGCCAACCACAAACAUCCGAGAGUUUGUCCAAGGUCGAGUCUGAGUUUCGUGAAAUCCAUGUCGGUCAGCCAGGUUUGACAGGUGGCCCAAAUGUAGGGAGACCAAGUACCCCUACCACAGGUCCAACACCAACUAUGAUGAUCACCAAGAAAGCUGACAAUUUCGAGUCAGGUGCAUUGACCUUUGUCCAAUCAACUGAACAAUGUCCUAUUGUCCAUUGUCCGGUCGCUCAUGGUCCGUCAAUGCAGUCCAAGCCAUGCAACAACCACCCACCCCAGGGAGUUACUGCGUGCACACCUGUGCCUGAAACAAAUCAACCUGACCCAGCUGAAAAGGUUGCCCAGCCUCCGAUUCCAACCGGAGAACACCAGCCGCCGAAGAUGCCACACUGGUGCAAUCAAGGUGUGCCGGUAGGUCCAAUCACAACAGAUGACCGGUCCGGUUUCGUCGGUGUCCAGGCGGGGUGGUAUCAACCACAAACAUCCGAGGUUUUGUCCAUGGUCCAGUCCGAGGGUUGUGAGUUUCAUGCUGGUCAAUCGGACACGUCAGGCGGUAUUAAGGUUGGGAUACCAAAUGUCCCUCCUUCAGAUCAUGCACCAAAGCAGACCGCCACUGAGAAGGGUGGGAAGAUUGAGUCAAAUGCAUUGAUGCCUGUCCGGUCCACCAGCCAAAGUUUGCCCAUUGCCCAGUGUCCUGUCGCUCAUGGUCUGUCCAAUGUCCAGGCGGGGUGGAAUCCUCCACAAACAACCGUAUGUCCAGACGUUUUUGCCCAGAGUGUGUCGUCGAUUCAGUAUGGGAAGGAUCAAGGUGUCCAGUCAACUGAGGGAAAAGGAGCUUAUCAGCGUCAAUGCCAAGCAGCACACGUGGAGUGCCUUGACCAUUUGCAACUGCAUUGCCAAGUGCCAGUCGUCAAACCCUCAGAGCAUGCCGUACCAGCCCAUGUUCAAUCGGAAUCGAAACCACCGUGUACAGCCAUUGGUCCUGAUGCCUCUGCCCAGUCAGAGUUGUUAGUCCAGUCAAUGGUUGGUCGUCCUGCUCAGUCGCAUGUAAUUCAGUCUCCCUCCCAUGAAGCUUUCACAAAAGUCCAGGAAUGCCAGUCAUAUGAGAAUAGACCAACCAUCAUGCCAGUUGGGGUUGCCAAUGCGAGCAAUUCUAAUGCAGAUCGCCGAAUGCCCACGGAGACAGCCAUUGGACAUGUGGCCAGCAAUGCAAUCGACAGGACAUGCCCAGGGUGGUUGUUGCCAAUGCCAAACAAGCCAUGGCCCACCAAAGAAAAGUGUCACAUGCCUCUCACUCCAUGCCAACCUCAUCAAGCUUUGACUCAUGUGGACCAGAGAGUGAUGCCGCCAGGAAAAGAAGCUUGUGGCCAUUUGAGCCAGGUUUUCAAGCAAGCCGCAGUUCCAGAAGCUGCAACAUGCCAAUUUCCAACUGCAGUUUGUCCAAGCCUUGAGUUCGCCAAACCAGGAUCAGCAGUCCCUACGUGUCUUCGCACAGGUAAACAGCAGACCCCACAGAUUGAAGCACACAUCGGUACAGCUACACCACAACCAUCACAACCACCAACACCUGUAACACAACCAGCCAACAAACAUGCAUCUCACCUCAAUGAUGAUGAUAGCAAUGACAAAAACUUGCCACACAUUGGCCAACCAGAUGAUUGCAACAGACAACCACAUCAUGCCACCCAAGUUGCACCAAGUCCGGAACUUGACAUCACAGACACCCAAAAAGAGCUUGCCAAGGUCGAAGAAUUGCUGGAAGAUGAAGCUUUCGAGCCAAUGCCAAACCAUGGAGGAGUGAUGGGCUUCGAGGCCACCAAGAGACGUAAAAUCCAUCACACUCCAGCUAACGGCGAGGGGCACACUACUGCCAAUACCAUCCGAGCAAGUGGAGGCAAAUCUUGCCCUGCAGAGCCUGCCCACAAGAGAAGUCCAUUGCCAGUACGACAGUUGACUGGUGUCACCGCCGAUGGGGGUUCACUUUGUGGAACACCACCGUUUGGCGCUGCCCCAGUCUCUAUGAGCGAUAGACAUCCAGGUGUUGCCACAAACUCAGCCCGACAGACACACCAAAGCCCAGAUCAAGCAACAUCAGCAGCUGGUAACCCACCUGCAGGCAGUCUUCCGCAUGCAGACCCUGGCCAACAGGAGCACACCAAGACAGUGUGGAUCAUGCAGGAAGAUUCCAGGAUUCCACUCGAAAUCCGUGUCAAUGCAGAAGUCACGCCAGGCCAGAUCACACAAGCGGAAGCCAAGCUAGGUAGCAUGGUCCAACCAAUCUUUCCGAGAUCAUGGGUCGACUCACCACUGGCUUUAUAUGAACCUGUGCCUGCAAAGCAGUUCAUCCAUUUACAUCAACAUGCCAAGCAGACCAAAUGCCCGUUGCUGACGGGGGGCAGUACCAUGCCGAAUUUGGCCUUCCCCUGCACCAGAAUCGGUGCCCUGUGGCAGCAGGGACCGUGGGUAGCUCAAGAUGAAAUGGACUACUACCUGUCAGCUGCCGAAGUCGGAGGAAACAUCUCUGCAUUCUCCCCAACAGUUUUCCACCAUGAAGCCGCAGCCGAUGAAGAAGCUGGGGUCUGGUUGUGUCACCCGAUCCAGUAUGCCAAUGAAAACCACACCUUUGUCUCUGCAGCCAUUGUUGCCAAUCAUUGGGUACCCAUAGUGAUCCAGGCUAAGAACAAUGUCGUCCAGCUCACCACCACGCCAGAAGGUAGCUGUUACAUCCGUGCGGCUACAGAAAUUGCCAAUGACAUGGGCAAAACAUUGGAAGUAAUCCAAAAAGUCCUUCCACAAAAUUUCCAUGCUGACUGUGGAUUUCAAUCAUUUGCAUGGGUCGUAGCCAUUGCGAUGCAACAGCCACCGGUAGCUAUCAGCCCAAGUCAAGCAGAAGGGUGGAGACACCUCUUUGCUCAACAUUUGCUGCACAUUGACCAGCACUUGCAGACCAUCGAAGGACUAGCUGUGGGCGGGAUGAAACAUGACACUGAUGUGCACAAGCGCCUCACUCAGUUGCUUAAGGAACAUGGGGUUUGGGCAGAACGUGCCGAUGAAAGAGCAGCCAGCAUCAUGGAACGUGUCCCCCAGGACAACAUCCGCAGUGUCCUUGCAGCCAAGAAACCAUGGGCAGAUCUCAAGCAAGCAGCUAACCAAGCACGGCCACCUGUCAAAUUGAUCAUGCAAGAUGAGCUUGAAGCACAGAUUGCAGCUAGAGCACAACAUCGAAAUCAAUUUGGCCGGAAACCAGCCAAAGCACCUCAGAGACCACCUGACCAAGGUAAAUCGCCUCCAAAUGUCAGUGCUGUUGAACUCUCAGUCCCAGUAGGUGUCUUCAAGCAGCAAGAUGGAAAAGUACUCGGACCAUUGCAAGCAGCACAAGUGCAGCCAAAUGCAGAAGGGGUUGUCCUAGUCGAUCAGGCUGAUGCGGCAGCAGUUCUCAAAUUGCCCACGCCAGUGACGCAAAAAGGGCUUGCAGUACUAGUUUUGGCCACGAAGGACAAUGCAAGCAUGCACGAAGGAGAUCCGACUCGUUUCCCUGCCAUGUGCAAUCAGACUCAAGAACCGAUCAUUGCAUCCGGUUAUUUAUACCAAUUGGGAUCUCAGGCAGUCCAGCGACAUGAACCAGCCACCAAACUAGCAGUUGAUGAAAGCACCACAGAAGCAGUCAGAUGCAUCGUUUUUCGAGAUCAAGCUGGUGCCAUAUGGGAUGAACUCCUAUCACACCCAGUCAAGACAAUUUUCACGAAUGAACCACUGUUGCAGCCUGUCAGCCAAGGUGAAUCGCCAGUGAUCGAUGUUUGGGACCGGCAGUGGGUGACCAAACGAUAUGAGAAAGUCAAACCAAUCAAUGCUGACAUGUUUGUCUUCCUCUUUCGCAUGAUUGCUGACAAUGCCAAUGAGCUCAUUUCCAAAAGCGGCCAUGGAGGGGUAUACUUCGAGCCAAGAUCAUCCUGCGGUAGAUACCCUAGCAGCACCCACCAUGUGACCUGGUUGCCAAACCUUUCCUAUCAGGAAGCAAAAUAUGCCCAACAGACAUCGCCGCAGGUCACCACCUUGGUCCGGAACUCCAACCGAUAUGGACUGCGCAGUGAUGCCAUGAAUGCCCAGGAGAUUCACAUGAAACACAGACCAGAGACCCCUUUGCUCCUUGGACAAAACAAGAUGCUUUACUCCCUGGGACCCUUGCCGUAUAGCACAACCAAGUCAGCGGUCAGCAAGUUGCUCCAAGCCUGGCAGUGGGAAGCCCGCCCUCUGCAACCAAGGGGACGCAGUCUUGACGGCAAUGGAGUUCAAUGGACUAUCCAAGCGACCAGCGAUCCGAGCCAUUGGAUCUACGUCCUUCAACAUGGGGAUGUCUUGAUCAGCAAGCUGCAUGAAGACAAGCAAGCCGAGCCAGCAGUCCCGUACUCCAUUGUUGCAUCCAAGCGUACCCUGCAGCAUCUCCAAAGCACAGGAGAACAAAUUGACCCAUGGAUUGCCAAUGAUCCCUGGAACCCAUCAAACAAAUCCAAGCAGCAUGUGCAGCCCAAUUCCCAGCCGGCAGGCCUGUCGGCCAAUAUGCUAGCGGCCAUGGAAACCAAUGUUGAACGGAAAAUCAUGUCUGCACUUGCGCCCAAGUUAGCAUCCACAGACUCUGACGUGCCAAUGGAGGUUGAUGCCAUCGAUGCCAGGGUCACAAGACUUGAGCAACAGCUCAGCCAAGUACAUGCCAAUCAAACCGGAAUGGAAGCCAAGAUGUGCCAAUUGGAUCAGUCAGUCCAGCAAGUCCAGACCUCACAGAUCGGAGUUGAAGCCAGCAUGAGUCAAAUGCAACUGCAGCUUGACCAGCAGAGCCAACACAUCACCCAUGCGCUGGACAGGAAGAUGAGUGAACAAAUGGAUAAAAUAGAAGCCCUGCUGUGCAAGCGGGGCAGACAUGAAUGA